CCUCUCUCUACAAGCACCACCCACCCACAAAGACUGCAGACCACCUCCACACUGUUAGAGGAAAAGGAAGGUGGGAGGGGAUUGAGAAGAACCACGGAAACCAGCACAAAAGUAAUUUACAGUCUACACAGAGGGCAAAGGGAGGAUCAGAAAAAAGGAUUGGUGGCUGCUUCUGACAAGCUUUUCACCUCAUGUCAUCUUAAGGAAAAGUGAACUUAAAGCAGAGAGGAGGAUCUGUGCAGCAGAGAAGAAGACUCAAGAAAGGAGACUGUUGCUUGGAUUCACACACAUAGUUUCCUUUUUGCCGGACGACUUCACGGGUGAAAAAUGAAUCUUCAGCUGUUGGGUGACUGUGUGAGUGAUUCUGCUGCGAUGGGAGGACUUUUCCCAGCAGACCCAGUGACUCCCACCGCCACCUUUGCCUCCUGCUAAAUGUGGAAAGCCUAGGAUGGAAGACCCACCAAGUGCUGCUCUGAGGCACUGGAACAACACUCUCAACCUCAACCAUCUCGCCUCCUCCUUCGCGCACACUUGCACAACCAGCUGCUUCACCGCCAUCCCCAACCAGACAGUGGCCACCGUCACCGGGUGACAAGAUUCCAGGAUGUUUGUAAAUUUCCGCCGGAUACGAAAAUGCCAGUGUGUGCAGUUGAUGACCACCUGCCUGGUGCUGUCAGUGGUGAUGGUUUGCUGGGAGCAGCUGGACAACAGCGUCGUCAGCCACGUGAAGUCCUACUCCUAUCGCUACCUGGUCAACAGCUUCACCUACAUUAACAGGAGCCUUACUAUCUCACAUGAGCAGGCCAGAAGCUUCAGCAACUUCAGCUACCUGCUGGACCACCCGGAUAAGUGCGCCGGCAAGGACGUCCUCCUCCUCCUCUUUGUCAAAACAUCCCCAGAGAACAUUAAGAGGCGAAACGCCAUCCGAUCCACCUGGGGUAAUGAGACCUACAUCCAAAACACCCUGGGAGUGACAGUCAAGGUGGUGUUCGCCUUAGGAGCGCCUCGGACCAAGAAGGAGGAGCCCUCAUGGAGCAAGAAGAGCGGUUUUCAGCAGCAGCUCAUCCACGAGGACCGUCUCCAUGGUGAUUUGAUCCAACAAGACUUUUUAGACUCCUUCCACAACCUGACCCUGAAGCUGAUCCUGCAGUUCCACUGGAUGCACAGCCGCUGUGCACAUGCCCGCUUCCUCAUGACCGCUGACGACGACAUCUUCGUCCACAUGCCCAACCUGGUGAGCUACCUGCAGGACAUGAGCAGCAGAGGCGUCGCAGACUUUUGGGUUGGUCGAGUGCACAAAGGGGCGCCGCCAAUCCGCAGCAAAGACAGCAAGUACUACGUGCCCUAUGAGAUGUACCAGUGGUUGUCGUACCCUGACUACACAGCUGGGGCCGGGUACGUCGUCUCCAGGGACGUGGCUGACAAAAUAUACCAAGCCACGCUGACCCUGAACGCCUCUCUUUACAUAGACGAUGUGUUCAUGGGCAUCUGUGCCAAUGCCGCCGGUGUGUCACCCCAGGAGCAUGUCUAUUUCUCAGGUGAGGGCAAAGCACCCUACCACCAGUGUAUCUACGACCAGAUGAUGACCUCACACGGUCAUGUGGAGGAUAUCUAUGACCUGUGGAAGGCAGCGACCCACCCGCAGGUGAAGCAGAAGACCUCUGGACUCAUAGGGAGGCUGUACUGCACAGUUGUGAAAAUGGCUCUCCUUUGUAAACCAUACUAUUUCAACACCUACCCUUGUAAAGCAGCCUUUUUGUAGGGGAACGUGAGAUUUGUGUGCGUGUGACAGAGAGAGCGAGGGAGUGUGUCAUGGUCAUAGUGAAAGGAAGAUCAUCGCUGCGAAUAUUACCUCAGUCCUUUCAGUCUUGACACCCGUGUCAAAGCACUGGAGUGUAUGUUCUGUUUCCAGAGGCAAAGAGACCAGAGGAUUCAUGUUUGUCGUCAAUGACAGCUAGUCUUGGUGGUUUAAUAAGUUAAUAACAGUGGCUUUGCAUUGACCGCAGAAUGUGUUUGAUUAAGAGAGUACUUCCUCUUUGCCUUGGACUUUAUUUCCACUACUGUGA